CAUUGAGGAGAAAGCGACUGCGCUGUAAGAGACAGCGGGUGAAUCAGCUGAACCAACGAAGGCCAGUGGAGAAUCACAGCAACGCAGCCGCGCUGAAAACCCAGCGCCUCAUUUUACUGUAGUAUGGCAUCAAGAAGAAUGGAGACCAAACCAGUUAUAACCUGCCUCAAAACCCUCCUCGUGGUCUAUUCCUUCGUGUUUUGGAUCACGGGGGCGAUCCUCCUGGCUGUAGGACUAUGGGGAAAGUUCAUGCUUGGUGCGUACAUAUCGAUCAUCGCCGAUAGCUCCACCAACGCCCCUUAUGUUCUCAUCGGCACCGGGACCUGCAUCAUCGUGUUCGGGCUGUUUGGAUGCUUCGCGACCUGCCGCGGGAGCCCAUGGAUGCUCAAGCUGUAUGCCAUGUUCCUGUCGCUGGUGUUCCUGGCAGAGCUUGUGGCUGGCAUCUCUGGCUUUGUCUUUCGUCACGAGAUCAAAGGAACCUUCCAGAGGACCUUCAAUGAGGCUGUGCAGAACUACAAUUCCCAGGACGAGAGGAGCCUGGCAGUGGACAACGUUCAGCGCAGCUUGAAAUGCUGCGGCGUAUUGAAUUACACCAGCUGGUUCACCAGUGUCUGGUUCCCUAGCAACGGCAUCCCCGCCAGCUGCUGUGCCAACGUCUCCGACUGUAACGCUACUGACCUGCGCAACGCCACAACGGCCCCUGACAAGGUCUACCAGCAGGGCUGUUACGAUCUGGUGACCGGCUUCAUUGAGACUAACAUGGGAAUCAUUGCCGGAGUGACGUUUGGAAUAGCCCUCUCACAGUCCAUUGGUAUGCUGUUGGCUUGCUGUCUGUCAAGGCUUAUCACUGCAAACCAAUAUGAGAUGGUGUAGCAGUGAGGUGCAGGAAGACAAGGAGGAGAGGAAAGUACAUUUCACCUUGGAAAACUGGGGAAGGACACCCAAACGCUAUCACACUCGAAUCUUAGUUUUCACCUCCUCUUUCUCUCCCUCCCCCUCUUUCUUUCUCUUUUGUCUCUUUGAACACAUCAUUCCUUAAUGCAUAGCCGUGCGGUGAUAGAAAUGUUACCUUUCAAGACCUUAACUAAAAUGAAUUAGAUUAGCACAAGCACCAUCUGCUCUGUGCCAUGCAUGCAUAAUUGAAAUGGUCCCAAUGUUAAUUUAUACAACUUGACAAUAUAAGUAACUCAUUGUCUUAAUCCGUCAUUGCUCCUUUGUUGAUGGCUACCUUUCACAGUCUACAUUUCCAGGAGAUUAGUUGGGAGAUGCCAUCAGAAUUUUCAAUAUCAAGUCUUUGAAAGAAACUCGAGCCCACUCAGAAAUGGCUUUCCGUUUCUCUAACUGACACACACACCCAUCUGCUUCUUGCUGCUAGAUGGAGUACUGUACGCCUACAUACUGUUUCAAGUUACUACUGCGCUAAAUUACCUUGUGCAAGAUACUCUCUGUGAAUGUGUAUUUGUGUUGCUUUUUUAUAAGCCCUCAGUUCCUCCAUUUUCUGUUGAAUCUGGUAAACUUCCCCACUGCCUUUUGUUAGUUAGUUAGAAUUAAAAAAAUUUCUUGUAAUAUUUCACUUAAUUUAAAAACUCCUAACUACUAAUACAAGUUUCUAUAUCAUAAGUCUGACACCCAUCAUUUUUAUGGUUUAAAACUUUUGUUUUUUUACGCAGACACCUUCUGCUUGAAAUCCAACAUUUUACUAUUCUUGUCUGUCUCCAAUUCAUUCUUUCUCUCUCAUGCCGCUACACAUCAAUAGUUUCAGUUCUACUCUCCUCGACUGACAUGCAUUGCUGCACAAUCUAGUUUUACCGAGUCAGCACUGACUAUAUUACACCCUGUGUUCUGUUGUUGUCAUUUGCUUCUCACUAUAUGGGAUGGAGAGAGAUGCAGAGAGAGAGAGAAAAGCAGAGAGAUAGUCAUUGUCGGUAGUAGAAGUUGAGGUGUUCCUUUGAUUUGAGCUGUCAUUGUUUUUUCCUGGAACAAUACAAAUAAAUACCACUUUUUUAAAGCUUUGCCACUUGUGUAUUGCUUAAAAAGGAUAAUCAGAAAUAUGACAGGUACCCAGUGGGUGGGAGUUACUGCAAGACUGCUAAGCUUUAGUGGAUGCUUGAGAAGAAUUGAGUGGGGGAGACCCAUGAGGUUUAAUUAAACUGUGAUGUGAAGAAAGCUGGUGUUUCCAAAAUAUUUUUUUCACUUUGUUUUUACCUUAGUCUAAAGUCGUCAGUAUAAAGCUGCCCUGUGUUUUUGGUGAAUCAGUAUUACAAACAUGUCUAAGUAAACUAAACUUAAAUGUACAUGAUCAAUUAAUCUCUCAAUCCAAAGUUGGACAGGUGAAAUAAUAUGAUUUUGUAUAAAAAACAAAACUUUUUAAAAUGCAUCACCAGCUAGCAUGCCUACAAAUCUAUGUUGAUAUUGUAAACAAUUGUGAUCUUGAAUCUAUUAAUAAAAUGGUCAUUAAAUCGUU